AUGUCGCUCAGGUCCAACGACCCAGACCGGGUCUCUCUUCCACAGACUGGAUUGAAUCCCGGAGUUCAGUCCAUGUCUAGCCUGGCCUCCCGACCAAUCCAGGGUGAUGACUUGGUCAGCCCAGGCGAUUCGUCCUUUUGCUCCAGUAUCCACACAGCCCAUGGAACCCCCCAGGAUAUGAAUAACUGGACCGUGAAUGAUGCCGAGUCCGUAGACCAGGCCAUCUCUUCUUCCAAGCCGGACUCCCCCUCGGUGCAAAUGCUUGCAUUCUCCAUGUCUCAGCAGCUGAUGGCGUCCACGGCUGGGCCCAAUGAUGUGAUGUUCCCAGGGAUGGCGGACUUCCCAGCAGUCCAAGACCCCAGUAUCCGCAGUGAUAUGUCCCAGGACUUGAAAUACUCCUAUAUCGAUUUUUUUGACAGUGAUCCCGACAUGCACAGUGGCACUCCAGAUGACACCUACUCCGAUGAGCACAGUUCACACACCGACGAUGGCCAGUUGAUCAUGAGUCCAGACCCCUGGAAUCCCGUGAUGGAUGAUGCUGGACAAUACCCCAGAGCCAAUCUAGAUCGGCUUUCAUCUGGCAUUUUCCAAUCGAUUCCAAUCUCUCCCCCCUUAACGGAGGCUAGCAAUGAUGUCUCUGUUACUUCCUCGUGUUCUCACCCGGGCUUUUCUUCGUUUAUGGCCUCUGACGAUGUCCUAUUUGGAGACUUGACUAUUGGCAACCAGGGUGCCAACCCAAUGGAGCCUUUGUUUCCUAACACGGCCCUCACUGACCAGGACCUCAACAACAAAACCAUCAGACCUAUCCGGUCAUCGCGCCGGGCGGCCCUGCCAGCCGCGUCUCAACCCCAAGUGAAGGCCGAUCCGGAAUAUUUCCCAUCUCUGCCUUUGAGGGAUCCAGUUCGGCAAAAGCCCAAGGACAAUGGCGAGGCACGGAACCCACGGGACCAUCCCUUUUACUCCAUGCCCACUCACAGCGAUGGGAAAUACCACUGCCCAUACGCCACUGGAGACAAGACCUGCAACCACACGCCAACCACGCAGAAAUGCGCUUACCACAAAUACCUGGACUCCCACUUGAAGCCCUAUCAUUGCAAGGUGGAUGUUUGCAUGGACGCUCAACUCCGCUUCUCAUCCAACGCUUGCUUGUUCCGCCACGAGCGCGAGGCUCACGGAUUGCAUGGCCAUGGAGAUAACCCCAACCUCUGCUUUUGGGAGGGCUGUGAACGGUCCGUUCCAGGAUACGGAUUUCCCCGGAGGUGGAAUCUGUUCGACCACAUGCGGCGAGUGCACGACUACACGACUUCAGAGCAUCCCAGCUCCCCGGAGGCUCCACCGGUCACCACGACCAUCAAGAAAAAGGAACCCGCUGGCCGCAAGAGGAGAGUCACGGGCGCCACCCCGGGCCAGAUCAUGAAGCGCACUCGUUCUGUGCACUCCCAAGCCAAUUCUCUCAAGGCCACCCAAAGCUCAGCCCAUCAGGGACAUCGGCUGCAAAAUGCUGAGCGCACUUACUACAAUUGCCGCUCCCGUCUUCUGGAGGAACUGGGCAGUAUCACGCCGCAGGAUACCACCAUGCAUGAUAAGGUCAAUGCCAGCCUUCAGGAACUGUUUACCCUCGGACUGAACUACCGUCACAUUGUGGCCAGUCACACCAUGCCACAGCCGGCGAAUGGAUCCUCAUCUGCGUGA